AUGGCCGAUUCAAACGGUGGUAAAUCUUGGGUUCCUGCAUUCCUCCGCUCUUCCAAGUCCUCUCCCACCGCCACUCCUCCAAACGAGAGAACCUCCCUCAUACCCAAGCGGACCGUCCCGCCGUCAGAGCACUCCUCUUCCGAGGGCGAGACCUACGAAAUUGAAGAGAGCUCUCCGGCGAAGAAAUGGCUCGCGGAAUUCCUGCUAUUGUUGCGGGGUUCGAUCCCAGUGAUCAUCGCCUACACGCUCCAGAACUCACUGCAGACUUUCUCGGUGCUGAUCGUGGGACGGCUGAGCCCUGAAGCAUUGGCCACUGCGGCUUUCAGUUAUAUGUUUGCUAUGUCGAGUGCAUGGCUCAUUGGGCUUGGGGGGUCGACGGCUCUCGAUACCUUGGCUUCUUCCUCGUUCACCGGGAGCAAGAAUCCGCACGAUCUGGGAGUACUACUGCAAAGGGGAUUCAUCGUGUUGACAAUCUUCUACAUUCCCGUGGCGAUACUCUGGGCUUGCUCUGCACCAUUCUUCCGGCUCCUGGGCCAAGAAGAGUAUCUCUGCAUUAAUAGUGCGAAAUUCCUAACGGCGUUGAUUCCGGGUGGGUUGGGAUAUAUCUACUUUGAAUCCAUGAAGAAGUACCUCCAGGCACAAGCCAUCAUGCGCCCUGGAACUUACGUGCUCCUAAUAACCUCUCCUAUCAACAUCCUCCUCAACUACCUCUUCGUGUACACCUUCAAACUGGGGCUCCUAGGUGCUCCUAUUGCAACCGGAAUCUCAUACUGGCUGUCCUUCUUUGGCCUCGUCCUUUACGCCCGCUUCGUCGCCGGGUCCGAAUGCUGGGGCGGCUGGUCGCGCGCCUCGCUCCAUAACAUCGGGACCUUUGCUCGUCUCGCCGGCCUCGGUGUCAUCCACGUGGGCACCGAAUGGUGGGCUUUUGAAAUCGUCGCUCUGGCUGCCGGCCGGCUCGGCACGAUACCCCUCGCCGCCCAGAGCGUGAUCAUGACCACCGACCAAGUCAUGAACACGAUCCCCUUCGGGAUAGGAGUCGCAGCAUCUGCGCGCGUCGGGAACUUGCUCGGGGCUCGCAACGCAAAGGGCGCUGCGAGCGCGGCCAACGUGGCGGCCUGGCUGAGUAUGGUCAUGGGCCUGCUCGUUUUAAUCGUCCUGAUGGCCGUGAAGGAUUUCUAUGCAAAGAUCUUCAACGAUGACGUCGACGUCAUCAAACUCACCGCCGAAGUCAUGCCCUAUGUUGCGCUGUUCCAGAUCGCAGACGGCUUGAACGGGAGUUGUGGUGGCUCGUUGAGGGGUAUGGGAAGACAGCAUAUCGGCGCGGCAGUCAACAUCAUCUCCUACUAUGCGGCGGCCCUGCCCCUUGGCAUCUAUCUUGCGUUCAAUGGCUGGGGAUUGGGGGGACUCUGGGUCGGACAGUGCAUUGCGCUGUACCUGGUUGGGGCUCUGGAGUGGGUUAUUGUCGCGCGCAGCGAUUGGGAGUAUCAAGUCCACAAAGCAUUUGAGAGAAUGGAUCAUGGGGACCUGGCUGAGACGGGGGCAGGAGAUCUGUUAUUCCCUGAAGAGUAA